AGCUGUAUACGGUCAUAGCGAAUUUAUUUAUUUAAAUUUGUUUUAAAAUAUGUUACAAUUGUCAACAAAAAGGUUUUAGACAUUGGGAAUCAUGCAGGUUAUUUUUUCCCCCAGCAACAACAUGCAAUCGCACAGACCUCGUUAUCGUGCUCGACUCAUCGUACAGCGUGAAGAGACCUCAGUUCGACCAGGCCAAGUCCUUCCUCAUCAAGAUGGUGAAGAACCUCACCAUCAGCCAAGAGGACGUUCGCGUGGCAGUCGUUCGCUACGAAAACGAUGUUGACGUCAUCUUGUCUCUAGAUAACUCCUCUGACUCUUCGACCGUUGAAGAGGCCAUUUCCAGGAUGGAGCACAAAGCAAAGCCUGGCACGCACACCGGAAAGGCUUUGAAAGAAGUGAGAGAAAAGGUGCUGGAGAGGGACAUCAAGGGACAGACGGCCAAACGCGUAGUGAUGACGAUCACGGACGGGGAAAGCACUGACUUUGAUGAAACGGAAUAUCAGGCAACUCAGCUGCGAGGUGAGGGCGUUCGGCUCGUGUGGCUUUUUGUCUUCGAGAAAUCCGAGGAGAUGGAGUAUGAGAAAAGUGAAAUGGAAAAGAAUGGAGACCCAACUGUCACGGUGAGAAGAUUCGAUGACCUGGGAGAUGACCUAGUCUCAAAGAUGUUGGAAAUAUCUUGUCAAGAUCUGACUGAUACCCCAACAACAGCAGUUCCAGAGACAUCUACUGUCUCAGCAACAUUGUUUCCAGAAACAUCCUCUAGUCCAACAGAAACAGUUUCCGUAACAUCUGCAAGGAUAACAACAACAGUUCUGGAAACUGCUGGUCCAGACACACUCUCGGUUCCAACAACAUCUGCAUUCUCUAGUCCAACGAAACCAACCUCAGAAACUGCCAGGCCAGCAACAACAGCUCCAGGCAUCUCUGUUAAACCAGCAGCGACAGCUUCAGAAACAUAUUUUGCCUCCAAAACAAAUUUCCCAGAAUCAUCCACUAUUUCAACAAAUACAAUUCCAGAAACAUCUACUAAAACAAGAACAUUGCUUUUAGAAAUAUCAUCUCAUCCCACAACAAUUGUGCCAGAAACAUCUUCUCAUCCAACAGCAGUCAUAUCGAUAACAAAGGACACCGCAUCGACGCAUGAUGCCUCAACAUCGACAGCAGGACCGAAGGGUGCGAUGACUGAAAACUCGUCAACAAUCACUCCACCACGUGGAAAGGAUGUAGAAGCGUUAACCAGAAAUGUGGCAUCGUUUGUGACCGAAGAUGUGAAAAAUGUCACAGACACAGAAAUAUCAGAAAGAAAGCAGGAAUCGAUUCAGAGUGAAGCAUUUACACACGCCAAAGAUGCAGACAGGGAAAGCCAGCAAUCAGAAGUGACUGAAGCAUUUACUCAGGUCAAAGACGUAGACAAUUCAGCAGGGACUGAAACAUUUUCACCUGUCGCCGACAAAGAAUCUUCAACGGAAAAACAAACCUCAUCUGUGAGUGAAACAUCCUUGCUGAUCGAAGACCCCAAAAACGCAACUGAAGCUCAACCCUUGUGGAUGGCCGACGCAGAUUCAGCUUGGCGUAUGGACAAAGAUCAAGGCAACCACACAAAGAGUGAGCAGCCAUCACCGGAAACAGGAUCAACCAGCACGGCCUUCACAACCACGUCCACCUGGUUAGAAAGAAGUCAAGAGACUGUCCACGGAGAAUCUGUCACGACCCCCAAUGACAGCGAGACGGAAAAAGGUCAACAAUGGCCUAUUUACGCGGGCGUCGGGUCAGGGUCAGUAGCCGUUGCUAUGGUGACGGCAGCCCGAAUUGGGUAUGGUCUGUGGCGACGAAAGAUGACAUUUAUGAGUAAUGAUAUAGAAAUGCAAAAAUUUACGUAAGAAAUAAUCUGUUGGAGGGCCUUUACCACCGCGCUUGCCUAAUAUACGGAAAUAAAUAACUUGCUCAGAGAACAGUGGUUGCAGACGAUUAUCUGAAAGUUUACCUGCUCAUAUACACAUGGGUUGUGAUAACAUUAUUAUCUUGCCAAGCUGUGGAACAUGAUACAAGCAUGUCCGUCUCAUGUAUAUUGAAAGUCGUGCUUGUUAAGAUCAUGAAGAAGUGUGUAUGAGUGCCUGUAAUUAGUGAUUUCAUGGCUGUGCAUCUACAUAAUGCUCAGUUAUGUAUAGAUUAUUGUUUUUUUUUUCUAAAAUCCUUGUAUAUAUUAUUCUGAUAACACUAUAUUUUCCAAGAUCUGGUAUUUAUAUCAAGCGGUAUCCCCGAUACAUCAGGGUAUUGCUUGACAGAUUUUACUUAGUCUUCAUAUUAGAAACUUUGACGAAACUGUCAUACUACUAUUGCUAUUACUGAUACUACUAUGUCAAAAUGUUGACAGCACUUUUAGCCUUAGUGGCUUGCAUGUUACUAUGCUGAAGAUUUUUACAAAAGCUAUUUUUUAAAGUAGGACUGAAACUACUCUAAUUAAAGUGACCACCGACAUAUUAUCUGCCUUUGACAAUGGUUAUGCUUCUGAUUUUACUGGACCUGUCUGGUCCAUUUGACACCAUGAACCACUCUCUGCUCCUUCAUCCCAGUUCUGUUUAUUUUGUAUAUGAAGCCCCUUUCAUCUUGCAUCCAGAUUGACAAGGUUUCUCAUCAAUCAUACCGAUGACACGUAACUUAACUCCUCCAUUCCACCGGCUGAGUCAACGAAACUAUGGAA